AUUGCACGAGACACGGGCUAUUAAGCUCAGAUGCCCAAAUUUGGAACCAAAAGGCCCUACACUGUAUCUGUGGUAAUUGGGCGGAAAGAGUCUUGAGAUUGAUAGGGUUUAUAAAGUUUUUGGUUUUUCUGCCAAUGCCGCCACAGCACCAGUCUUCUCUAAACCAUUUUCCUUUCAAAAUCCCUAUCACUUCAUUUGUCUGCUGUUUCUACAAAGGUGAAGGUUUAAUGUCUAGCAAGAGGGUGUCUUUUCUUACUUUCAACUCUCUCACCUCUUUAUCUAAGGUACGCUGUUCACAACAUUUCUCUGAUUCCUUCACAUAUUUCUAUAAAUUGCUUAGCACUGCCACUGAAAGAUGGGAUUUUCAUAGUCUUUAUAGUGAGAAUUCUUCAUAUUAUACCCCAAAUCCCAUAGUUAAUGAGCAGAAACAAAAUGGACUUGCCUUAAACCCUAAUGGUUGUAUGAGGAAUCCAGUUGGGGACAAUUAUCAUAAAUAUAGUGGUGAUUUGUGGUCAACGGCAAAUCAAAAGGGUGCCGUGAGUCAAACUGGUAACUUUGAUGGCUGUGAGGAAACUAAUAGGAACUUACAGAUAAGUCCAAAUGGUGAGCAAAGCUCAAAAGGAUUCCAUCAAAAUCAUGAUGGAAUGCAUUGGGAAAGCACAAGAAAUGAAUUACAGAAUAACUCAGUUUACGUAAAUGGAACCUUUAGAAAUAAUUCCAAUAUGCAGAAUGUAGGAGGAUCAUUUUGGAAGGGGCCUACAGGGAUGAGACAGAAUCAAAUUGACCUUAAUUUACAAAGGUUUCUAGAAUCUCAGGGAAGCUUGAAUGAGAACCAUGUUGACAACAACUGGCAAUUUCAGCAAAGCCAAAGUGAUCAGCAUGGCCCAAAUUUCAGUCAGUACCAGCAGAAUCCACAAGAUAUUUGUGAUACUAAUUCUUAUGGUCAAGUUAGAAGUAAUGCUAAUUCUUAUGGUCAAGUUACAAGUAACGCUAAUUCUUAUGGUCAAGUAACAAGUAAUGCUAAUUCUUAUGGUUACGUAUCAGCUACUUCUAAUCCUGAGGGUGACUUAACUGAGCUUUCUCAAACUAGUUCAAAGAAAGAUACGGUUGAGUUGCUGGAUCAAUUUUGCAAUAAACAGAAUGUUAAAGAAGCAGUAGAAGUUUUGAUGUUGAUGGAAAAGCAAGGUGUUCAUGUGGAUUUGGCCCGAAUUUUGCAGUUAAUGAAGGCAUGUGGGGAAGUAAAAGCUUUACAAGAAGCAAAAACUGUUCAUGAGCACCUAAUCAGAUCUUUUUCACCUCUCCAAAUCAGCAUCUAUAACAGGAUUCUAGAGAUGUACUCAAAAUGUGGUUCUAUGGAUGAUGCAUUCGAUGUGUUUGACAAGAUGCUGAGGCGCAAUCUAACAUCUUGGGAUACUAUGAUAACAUGGCUUGCUAAGAAUGGGCUAGGGGAGGAUGCCCUUGAUCUGUUCUCUCAGUUUAAGAAGGCUGGGUUGAAACCAGAUGCUAAAAUGUUCAUUGGAGUGUUUUCUGCUUGUGGUGUCGUAGGUGAUAUUAAUGAGGGAAUGUUGCACUUUACGUCAAUGAGCAGUGAGUAUAGCAUUGUCCCAUCCAUGGAGCAUUUCGUUGGUGUUGUUGACAUGCUGGGAAGUGCAGGGCAUCUGGAUGAAGCAUUGGAGUUCAUUGAAAAGAUGCCAUUUGAGCCCAGUGUUGAUAUCUGGGAGACUCUAAUGAAUCUGUGCAGAGUUCAUGGGAACUUGGAAAUGGGUGAUCUUUGUGCUGAGCUUGUGGAGCAGCUGGAUCCAUCUCGCUUGAAUGAACAGUCAAAGUUAGGCCUCAUACCUUUGAAAGAUUCUGACCUUAAACAGAAUGAGAAGAAGAAGUUGGCAAGUCAAAGUCCGCUUGAAGUCAGGAGCAGGGUCCAUGAGUAUCGUGCCGGAGAUACAUCACAUCCUGAGAAUGAUAGAAUCUAUGCACUGCUAAGAAGUUUGAAAGAGCACAUGAAAGAAGCAGGUUAUAUUCCAGAAACGAGAUUUGUUUUGCAUGAUAUAGACCAGGAAAGUAAGGAAGAAGCUCUUCUUGCUCAUAGUGAGAGACUUGCUCUUGCUAAUGGCCUCCUCACUACUCCAGCUCGUGGACAGAUUCGUAUAAUCAAGAAUCUUCGUGUUUGUGGUGAUUGCCAUGCUGCAUUUAAGAUCAUGUCAAAGAUUGUUGGCAGAGAGAUCAUUAUGCGAGAUGCUAAGAGGUUUCAUCAUUUCAUCGAAGGGUUAUGUUCUUGUCGAGAUUAUUGGUGAUUAAAAUAAUACUUGAGGUAACAUUUUUCUCAACAUUCUAAAGAGUUUGAAUUAAGGUUAUAAUUAUGUAAUACUCUAAGAGUUUGAAUUAGACAAUUUUAGCUUAUUGUCUGAAAAAAAAAAAAAAACUUUAAAAGUUUAAGGUUAUAGGUGGAGAUGCUCUUAACUUGAAGCGAAGAAAGGUUUCUGUUUUGGUUCAGUUACUUAAAGAUGAAGUAUUAGCAAUGAAGCUACCUUAAUUACCUAACAACAUUAAUGAAGCCACCAGAAUAUAGAUUCCUUGCAUGAUUCACUUGUCAACGUUAAUGGAAUAUGAUCAAAAUAUAUAAUCAUUUUUUUUUCUCUCUUUUUCAUGUAUUAA